AUGAGCUCCCAUAGAUCCACGAAGCGCCGGAAGCUGGACGCAACACCAGACGAAUCACCUGGUCCUCGAGACGCUGGACGAAAGAGUGCUACACCGGCCACCUACUCAAGGAACGGCAAGAACAACGUCCAACAAACAGAUCGCACGGCAAAGUCUAGUCCCCUGCCGAGCGGCACCAAAAGCAGCACCGCAGCCCACGAUGCAUACCAACGAGCCAAGGCAGAGGCGCAAGCUCUCCGCGGCAAGCGACCUGGCCAUGUUGUACGAAAGAAGCCGGAGAGGGCAGCGGAUGUGUACGAGGAUAUCGAAGGCGCACAUGUACAGACCUCGACGUUCAAGCAGAAACCUGCGCCCGCUUCUACCCCUUUGAAGCAGCGCCUGGAUCCGUUGCGUAAUCAGAGGUCAGGCGCAUCUGCCACAUCCAGCCCUUCGAAGGGCGGAGUUUCGCUGGACUUCUUCAAGCAGUUCUCUACGCCGAAAGCGAAGCCUCCCCCCGAGACAGCAUCGAAGAGCGUGGCCAAGGCGGAGAGCCUGAGCAAAAGAUUAGCCGCGGCCGGCAGCGCUGGCAAGCGCCCAGCGAGUACUACAGAACAAGAUGGCAAAAUACAGGGUACCGGCAAGACAAGGGAAGUCGAAAGGCCGGCGGACACCAAUCAGUCCGCUGUACCACCUAAAUCACACGAGAAAGCCAGUGAGAGGUGGGAAUACGCAGACAAGCCCAAGAAGACCUUCGAGGAUGAGAUCCACGACUUGGAGAACGCAGCUCGAGAACAGGCAGAGAACGACGAGGAUGAGGAGACUUCAGCUCGAACGUCACGAAAGCGACGAAGUACCCAGCGAGGUCAAGAUGCUGCAGAAGAACGACAGGAGUCGGCCAGCAAGAAGAGCGACAUUGCUACGGCUAGGAGGAAGCCAGCACCCGCAACUUCGAAUAAGAUGAAGUAUCGUGUUGAGAAACCUGACCUUUUGCCAGCCGAGGAGCCGGUGUUUCCCUCAGAGGCCAUGGAGAUCGAUGAGCCACAAGUCGACGAAGAUGAUGAUGAGCCUGCAUUACCAAAAGGCGAUCAAUCGGUGCAAGUCAAUGGCGUUCUUGAUCAGACACCGCAGAAGACUAAGCCGAAGCGAGUGGUGAAACCCUCAGUCGACUUGACCGGACUGAGUUUUGCUUCAGAAGAGCUCCAGUACAUACAGGGCGUUGUCAUUGACAUGCUCAGCGGCAAGCGCCCCAUUCCUCUCAAAGGUCUCGACACCGAACAUGCGAAGGUCUCAUCUCUGAUCUCGCAGACAAUUACAGCUGGCGAAAGCAACAGUAUGCUGGUGAUUGGUGCCAGAGGAAGCGGCAAGUCUGCUCUUGUCAAUCAUAUCAUUCGCGAGCAGACUGAACAGCAUGCAGAUGACUUUCACGUUGUCCGUCUCAAUGGCUUGGUCCACACUGACGACAAGAUUGCUCUUCGUGAAAUCUGGAGGCAGCUGGGCCGUGAGAUGGAGGUAGAUGAAGACGAAAGCGCACCCAAGAAUUACGCCGACACUGUUACGACACUGCUUGCUCUGCUGUCACAUCCGGCCGAGCAAGGUCGUGAGCAAGGACAAGAUCAGAUUACGAAAAGCGUCAUCUUCAUCAUCGACGAGUUCGAGCUCUUCGCCACUCAUCCAAGGCAGACACUGCUGUACAACCUAUUCGACAUUGCGCAAAGCCGAAAGGCACCGAUCGCUGUGCUAGGCCUCACCACUCGCGUCGACGUCACGGAGAGUCUUGAGAAGAGAGUCAAGAGUCGCUUCAGCCAUCGCUACGUCCACAUAGGCAUGCCGAAGAGCUUUGUGGCGUAUCAGGAGGCUUGCAAAGCGUCCAUCAUGCUCGAUCAUGAUGAUCUCACGGAGGAAGAACGCGAGGGCAAGCAGAAGCUGCAAAAGGCAUCCAAGGGCCCGAAAACCUCUCCCAUGUCAGCCUGGAACACACACAUCGACGCACUGAUGGCUGACGAGCUGUUCGCCACCCAGCUACGACGGUCGUAUUACACAACCAAAUCGGUGCCGCAAUUCCACACGUCGAUGCUGCUGCCGAUUGCAACCAUGCCUACUGAAGCGUCGACUACAGCCGAAGACCUACUUGAACACCUAACCUCGAGUAUCAGCAACACAUUCAUGCAGCCACCGGAUUCGAAGCUGGACCUGCUCUCAGCUCUCAGCACUCUGCACAUGGCACUACUCAUCUGCGCUGCCCGCUUGACAGCUAUACACAGCGUUGACAAUGUGCCUUUUGCUCAGGCAUACGAAGAGUACAAGGUCCUUGCAUCGAAAGCGAAACUGCACGCCUCAUCUUCUGGUGCUCUUGCGCAAGGCGCUGGCAUCAGGGUGUGGAGUAAGGACGUUGCCAGGGAUGCUUGGGAAGAUCUGCUAGACUGCGGCCUUGUGCUGGAAGAUGGUGUGCGAGGCUGUAGAGUUGAUGUUGGGCUAGAGGAGAUUGGAAUGUCGGGAGUGGACUUGGGUACCUGGGGACGGUGGUGUAAGCAGAUCUAG